CACGGCCCCGCCGCCUCCAGGGGCGGGGCGCAGACGCCGCCGCCGCCCUGCUGCGCUCCGCUCCGCUCGCGACAUGGCCGCCCCGGCGGAGCUCCACGGCCUCAGCGAUGAGGCAGCCUACGGCGCCUGCUCGGAGCCGGAUCCCGGCACCAAGGAUUUUCUGCUGCAGCAGACAAUGUUAAGAGUAAAGGAUCCUAAGAAGUCACUGGACUUUUAUACAAGAGUUCUUGGAAUGACACUGCUUCAAAAAUUCGAUUUUCCUACUAUGAAGUUCUCGCUCUAUUUCCUGGCAUAUGAAGAUAAAAAUGACAUCCCGAAAGAUAAAACUGAGAGAACAGCUUGGACCUUCUCUAGAAAAGCUACACUUGAACUGACACACAAUUGGGGCACUGAAAAUGAUGAAAAUCAGUCCUAUCACAAUGGCAAUUCAGAUCCCCGAGGAUUUGGACACAUUGGAAUUGCUGUCCCUGAUGUCAAUAAAGCUUGUAAGAGGUUUGAAGAACUGGGGGUGAAAUUUGUGAAGAAACCAGAUGAUGGUAAAAUGAAAGGACUUGCAUUUGUUCAGGAUCCUGAUGGCUACUGGAUUGAGAUUUUGAGUCCUAACCACAUGGUGACUUUAACUUAGUUCUGAAAAAGUAUAUUGUAUAAGAGAUGCACACUGUCAGUCCCCUGGAGAAAAUCUGUAACAGCAUUUGUGAAAUUCUCACUUAAUUGAGAAGAAUCAAUUGUGUUCAGAGUCUCCUCCAGACUAUCCCCUGGAACCUCAAUGUAUAUGAAUUCUCCUUUGUUGUCCUGUGAUGCCACUACAGUUUGCUUCCAAUUAGGAAAAUUCAACCAACUGUCUUUUGGAAGUGGCCUUAUGGAGAUUCUCCUCUUCAAUGUUAAGUUGAUACUUCACUGAACACUCUCACAAGAUGUGUGACUGGAAGUUCACUGCAUCUCUCACUGUUUAGACUUAAACUAAGAAAAAACUCCUCUAAGACCAGAAAGAACUUGCUCAUAAUUUUUGAUCUGAUGAAAGUCUGAGGCUACAUUAAACUUCUGUGCUCUGUAGAGUUCUGUGUUAGGAAUUUAAUGAAAAACAGUAUCUGAAACAUCAGCUUCCUACUAGUAGGCAUUUUGAUCUGCCCUCUUAAGAUGAGUAAGUUACUGAAAAUAUACCUGUAUAUAACAGGAAAACGUGUAACAUUUACAUCCAUUAUACGAAUCAGUUCAUUUUAUACUGUUGCACCUGUUACAAACAGUGUAAAACAUGUCCAGCUUUAAUAUACAAAAAAAACCCUAUGCCUCAGCUUAUUGUGGUUCAGGUUGCACUUAUUCCUGUUGAGUAAAGUUUUCAGUGAUGUAACUAUUGAAUAGUAUAAUGGCAUUUCAAAAUAAAGCAUUGAUGAAAACAACAAAAUUCUCUUGAAAGCAAUAUAACAUAUUGCUUUGCUAGUUGUUGAAUCUUAGAUAACAGAAAGUUCAUGAAUCCUUUUUUGAGAGGAAACGUAGCAAUAAAAGAUGAAGAAUAUGAACUGAGAGUACGGCAGUGAAGAUGAGGCCCAUAACUGUGAGACUUGAUCAGAGGAAUGUUGUAUUAACUUAAUGGUAAUGCACAGCAAUAGCUCUGUCAUAAUAAUCCUGGGCUCAUAUAAGUGAAAAUGGAAAUGUAUGAACAAUCACAUUUGCUCUCUACCAUGUUCUAUUAAAAAUACCAAAAAAUAGUGUUAAUGACUUAAA